AUGAACGCGCCUCCGCACUAUGACUCCCAUGAGCACGAUGGCACUUGCCGACCCCCUAAGUACACGCCAGCAGUCCACCAUGUCUCUUUGAACUUCCUGUACCAGGAAAAAACCAGGGGAAAAAGGAGAUUUGCCUCCUACGAGCCUGUCAUUUUUGAAAUAAAUUCAACACAGGUGAACAUUUACGACAUUCACCCCUUGUACAGAAAAUACGCCAACUUCUACCUAGACAAGCUUCGUCCUGAAUAUAUUGAUCCAGAACUAAACAUCAAACUGGAGCCCUUGGGAUCUGACGUGGGAGAUGUAUAUUCUCGGGAAAACGGGCGUGUCGACCCUUCAGGUGCCAGACAGAUCUUUCGCAGACUGUCUGCUAGCAGAAGGGAGAAGCCUGUGAUUCUCUCUGAUGCUCAGCUGGCAUCCAAAAAUUGCGAUAGAAUACACCAGUUGCUACUGCAUCGCCCUGAUUUUGGUAAGCUGACCUCAGUGGAUAAAGAUGAGACGGACAAAACACUGCACCUUGUCAAAAGAGCAAAGCUAUUUACUUUCUCUUUACAGGAGCUGAUAGAUUUUGGCAAUGCUGCAGACUAUCCCUACAAACCGUUCACUCUUCGUCUUUUAUUCCCGCAGGACCAGUUCCUCUUAACCUCAUACAAUUCUGCAACAUUUGUGGGAAUAUACUACAAGCUCAAUAUUGCCAGGGAGCUAUCGCUUGAUCUCGAUAUGCGUGCUGAGAUGCCGAUCGACCACUCUGUGCCCCAUAGAAGGCCUUCAGGCAGAGCAAGUCGGUCUGGCAGCGUUGCAACAAAUGAGUCGUCGGUCGUUAGCGUUGACAGCUGCGAUGAUGAUGAUGAGUCUCUUUUCUCGGAGCCCCUUGACCUAGAAGCUACAAAUGCUUCGGAACCUCCUUCUCAAAAAGAUGCUAAUAAUUCAAAGCAGCCAGUCAACAGUGCAAGGAAAGAUAUCGAGCGAUACAAAGAGUUAGUGUACACAAUUAGAUGCAUCAAAAUAUUCAAGAGUUCAAAUUAG